AACGCUUUCUGGUCUAUCGAAACCACAAACCAAAGAAACGUCUGCCAUCAGCAGUUGCUUUACAUCCAUUUUCAAUUACGCUGGCGAAGGUCAUCAAAUAAAGGAAAAGCGUGUACGAAGAAGCUCUCGGCAAAGAAGCGUCAUUUACGUCUUCCUGUCGUAGGCCAAGACGCCCUCUGCCAGAAUCCACAUUGACGAGGCAGACCACUGGCAGCUCCAAUGAACAUCUCGCGACCGUUUGCACGGAGAGAAAUCCUGGUUAUGAUUGCGUUCUUGUGGGGAAACAAGCUUUGUGUUUUGUCAUAAUUAGCGGGCAGAAACUGUCGGAAUGCGGGCGAGCGUUCCAUCUGCGUUUGUUCCGCGCUGCUGCCACGAAGUCGCUAAACAACCUGUUUUGGGUUCACGCUUCCGUCCCACCGGCAACUCAUUGCGAUAAAAAGUCAAGAUGCGCUUGAGUUUCACUAUCUCUUUUUUGCCCUGUGUCUAUCCAAAACUCCGACAGCUCACCUGAGCACUUUAAGAUCACUUUUGCUGACCCUCAGUCCUUCGUUUGACCCUCCUCUUGCCAUAUUCUGCGUGUGGCGUCAACCCGCCCGUCCGCUUUCCCGACUUUACAGAUCUUCUUCGAAGCCAUCCAUAUCCCCUGGUUUCUGACAGCGCGAACGUUAUUCGCGUCCUUUCGACUUGAGUUCCAACACCCACGUCCGGACUUCCGCUUUUCCUCUCUUUACAUUUCCUCUGAACAUUAUGAACUCUGUCUUGGUGGGCCUCCUCGUCAUCACAGGUCUCUACCUGUGGUCGAAGCAUAACAAGUCCAAGAAUCUCGUCUACCCUCCUGGUCCGAAGGCGCUUCCCGUUGUCGGAAACAUCUUGGAUCUGACUGCUCGCGAGCUAUGGCUCCGUGCUACACAAUGGUAUCAUCAAUAUGGUGAGCACAUCGCCGAGUCGUUCUGCUCAUCGCGCCACAUUUCAUUUCCAAUACAUCAUACGUCGUGCAGGUGAAAUUGUGUACCUUCAUGUCUUCGGUCAAGGACUGGUCUUCCUCAAUACACAUGAAGUCGCGCUCGAUCUCAUGGACAGGAAAGGUUCCAUCUACUCUGACAAGCCCGCCCUGGUCAUGGCUGGUGAAUUAUGUGGUUGCGAGAACAUGGUCGCUUUCACUCGCUAUGGUGACCAGUCCAGACGCCAGCGUAAGCUGAUGCAACAAGCUCUUGGCACCUCCGCUAUUAAGACCUAUCAACCUUUACUGGAGUACCAAGCCCACGAGCUUGUCAGAGCUGUUCUUGCGGACCCAAAGCAUCACUUAGACUACAUUAUUAGAUACGCCGGGUCAUUGGUUUUACAUGUCGUAUACGGCUACCGUGUCACUUCAAAGGAUGACAAGUAUCUGCACCUUGCCGAGGAGUGCAUUGACAUCCUGUCGAACCGGAUCGCAUCUGGUGGUGGCAUCUGGCCUGUCGAUGUCCUCCCGAUUCUAAAGUACCUACCGAACUGGGCACCUGGUUCAGGAUUCAAGCAGAAAGCUGUCGAAUGGCGUGCCAAGAUGGAAGAGUUCGUCGACAAGCCUUACGAACAUCUUUUGCAGCGCAUGAGGGAUGGCACUGCUCUGCCUUGCUUCUGUAGCAUGCUUCUGGAAGAUAUCCGUUCGAAAGAUCACGUCAUCGACCCUCAACGUGACUUUGACAUCCGCUGGACGGCCAACUCUAUGUACUCUGCCAGUCUCGAUACCACGAUCACAGGUAUCCAGCACUUCAUCCUUCUGAUGUUACUCCACCCCGAAGUUCUGCAGAAAGCUCAGAAGGAGAUGGAGAAAGUUAUUGAUCAGAACCGACUUCCGACUUUCAGCGACCGCGCGGAUUUGCCUUACCUUGAAUGUAUCAUGAGUGAGGUCUUGCGUUGGGGUACCGCUGUUCCGUUGGGUCUUCCUCAUCGCCUCAUGGAGGAUGAUGUCUACAAGGGCAUGUUUAUUCCGAAGGGUACUUUGGUGUUUGCAAACGUUUGGAACAUUCUUCGCAACGAGGAGCUCUAUCCUGAACCCAACUCGUUCAAACCCGAACGUUACCUUGUUGAAGUCGACGAGGCUACUGCCAAACGUCGCGAUCCUCGUAACUACGUCUUUGGUUACGGCCGAAGACGCUGCCCCGGCUCGCACCUCAUCGAAUCGUCACUCUGGAUCGUUAUGGCUACCAUGAUUGCUACUCUUGAUUUCUCAAAGGCCCGAGACGAGCAGGGUAACAUCGUGGAGCCUAUCGUCAAGUUCGAAAACUCCGUAUUCCGAACUCCCACACCAUUCAAGGUGGACAUCCGUCCCAGGUCGGAACAGGCACUCAAGAUUGUCAGCCAGGUUGCUGAGAAUGUCGUCGUCUUAUGAUGUCAGUUAUGAAAGCUUUUCAUUUAUUCUCGUUCGAAAGCCAGAAUAUGGGCGAAGAAUUAAAUAUGGGAAAAAGGCAGAGGUAUGGUACACAGUUGCGUAAUCAAUCAAUGGACUCUUUUCGUGUUCUAUGUGUUAUUCGCACUGCUUUGUCAGCUCACUUUGAAUUCGCUGUGUAUAAGUAUUGUUGUUCCGGUCCAUCAUCAAAUACAGGGGAUACCUGAAGGUGUCGUUAACGUUCCAUUACGAUGUCUGAUACGACCCUGAAGGUGCCUACCGCUCCUUGUGAUUGACCCUUAUC